AUGUCGACGCGUUGCCCGGGCCGGUCGCGCGUCGGGAAUCGCACGUGCCGGGAAAAUAGGGUGGCGGAACUCGGGGUUGCCCGGGUACGAUCAGUAAGCGCUCGCGGUCGCUGGCCCGUCAUACGGCGGCGGCUGGGCCAAUCGCCAGACACCCUUUGCUCAUCGACCACGACGAUGCUCAGAGCAUCGUCCUCCUCGCAAAUAGCGAGGCCCUUCCGGGCGAAGCUCAACUUGCGGCGGUCGUUCGCUACGGUGCAGGACCCCCCGCCGAGGCGAUACGGGGGCCUGAAGGACCAAGACCGCAUUUUCACUAAUGCGAACUGCAGACAUGAUCACGGAUUGAAGGGCGCACAGGCUCGGGGUGACUGGCACAAAACGAAGGAUAUCGUUCUGAAGGGUGACUCGUGGAUUAUCCAGACCAUCAAGGACUCCGGUCUCAGGGGUCGUGGAGGGGCUGGGUUCCCCAGUGGAUUGAAAUGGAGUUUCAUGAACAAGCCUGGAUGGGAGAAAGAUCCACGACCCCGCUACCUCGUCGUCAACGCUGAUGAAGGAGAGCCGGGGACAUGCAAGGACAGAGAGAUCUUGCGCGGUGACCCACACAAGCUCAUCGAGGGCUGUCUCGUAGCUGGCCGUGCGAUGAACGCGACCGCGGCGUACAUCUACAUCCGUGGCGAGUUCUUCCAAGAGGCGUCUCACGUACAGCAGGCCAUCAGCGAGGCGUAUGCCGCGGGCCUUCUCGGCAAGAACGCCUGCGGAAGUGGAUAUGCUUUCGACGUGUACCUGCACCGUGGCGCGGGUGCUUACAUUUGCGGUGAGGAGACGGCGCUCAUUGAGUCGAUCGAGGGCAAGCAAGGCAAGCCGCGCCUCAAGCCGCCUUUCCCUGCGGACGUCGGCUUGUUUGGCUGUCCGACCACUGUGGCGAACGUCGAGACCGUCGCGGUGGCGCCAACUAUCUGCAGGCGCGGAUCAGCGUGGUUUGCGGGCUUUGGCCGCCCACGGAACCAGGGCACGAAGCUGUUCUGCAUCAGCGGGCAUGUGAACAACCCUUGUGUGGUUGAAGAGGAGAUGAGUAUCCCGCUCAAGGACCUCGUCGAGAAGCACUGUGGUGGCGUGAUUGGCGGGUGGGACAACCUUCUCGGAAUUAUUCCUGGCGGCAGCUCCGUCCCUGUUCUGCCUAUCAAGCAGUGCGAGGAGGCACUGAUGGACUACGACUCGCUCAAGGACCUACAAUCGGGCCUCGGAACGGGUGCGGUCAUUGUGAUGAACAAGAGCACUGACAUUGUCAAGGCGAUUGCACGCUUCGCUCACUGUACGCCCUGCCGAGAGGGCACGACCUGGAUGAUGAACAUGAUGGACCGCUUCGUCGAGGGCCGGGGUCACCAGCGCGAGAUUGACAUGCUGCUCGAGCUCACCAAGCAGGUCGAGGGCCGCACGAUCUGUGCGUUGGGCGACGCCGCGGCAUGGCCGAUUCAAGGCCUCAUGCGUCACUUCCGCCCAGAAGUCGAGAAGCGCAUCGAGCAGUUCCGCGCGGAGAACGGGACUGUGCUCUUUGGUGGUCGUCUCAAUAGCCAGACGGACCCGACGCUGGCGCUCCCGGACAACAUGGGCGCGAACCUGCCGGAGGUCGCGCCGCCCGUGCGGCAGUGA